AUGAAGUUUGGGUUUAAGAAGAGUCCAGCAGCUUUUCUUGACAUUAUGAAUCGGACAACCCCCAUUCAUUUUCAAAAGAAGAUUCAACGAGGUGUGAACUUUGCUUCUGCUGGGUCUGGCAUUUUCGAUGAUACUGGAUCCAAAGCAUGGAAUGCAGUUGUGCCUCUAUCGCUGCAAAUUCAACAAUUUAAUACAGUCAUAGGAAAUAUCACACAAGUUAGAGGUCCAAAGGCAACAGCUAAGAUUCUUUCCAAAGCUUUAUACAUUUUCUGCUUUGGAGCUAACGAAUUCUUUGAUUACAUGCGGGCAAAAAACAAUACACCCAAAGAAGAGUUCGUGGCUGGUGUCCAAUCUGCAUACCAUGUUCAUUUGAAGGAUGUGUAUAAUAUGGGUGCAAGGAAAUUUGGUAUAAUAGGAGUUCCACCAAUUGGUUGUUGUCCAUAUGCAAGAGCCAUUAAUGAAAAAGAAGGUGGUGAAGGUUGUAUGCAGCUUUUGAAUGACUUUGCUCAAGCUUUCUAUAACUCAACUCUCACUCUAUUGCAAAGGAUGACUUCAGAAUUGCCAAACUUCAAGUAUUCUCUUGGAAAUACCUAUGCUAUGACUAUGGAUUUGUUUGACAACUAUCCUUCUUUUGGGUUCAAGAACAUCAAGACAGCCUGUUGUGGAUUGGGAAAUUACAGUGGAGAAGUAGGAUGUUAUGAACCUAUAAAUCCAAUUCUUUGUAGCAAUAGAAGUGAGUAUUUGUUUUGGGAUUUGUAUCAUCCAUCUCAAGCAGCUUCUCAAUUGUUAGCUUACAGCCUCUACAAUGGAGAUGCUAAGUAUAUGACACCAAUGAAUUUUAGUCAAUUGGCUGAUGUUCAAGUUCACAUCUAGGUUAUUUAUGUAAUGGCAAGAUAAUAAAUUUAAAUAAUUUCAAGAAAUUACAAAAUGUUUAUCUCUCUCUCUCUCUAGCACCU